CAGACGCUGAGAUGGCUGCCUUUGGGGAGGCGGCUCCUUACCUCCGAAAGUCAGAAAAGGAGAGAAUCGAGGCCCAGAACAAGCCUUUUGAUGCCAAGUCAUCCGUCUUUGUGGCACAUCCUAAGGAAUCCUUUGUGAAAGGGACAAUCCAGAGUAGGGAAUCAGGGAAGGUCACUGUCAAGAGUGAAGCAGGAGAGACCCUGACUGUGAAGGAAGAUCAAAUCUUCUCCAUGAACCCUCCCAAGUAUGAUAAAAUCGAGGACAUGGCCAUGAUGACCCACCUCCACGAACCCGCUGUGCUGUACAACCUCAAAGAGCGUUAUGCAGCCUGGAUGAUCUACACCUACUCGGGUCUCUUCUGCGUCACUGUCAACCCCUACAAGUGGCUGCCGGUGUACAACCCGGAGGUGGUGUUGGCCUACCGAGGCAAGAAGCGCCAGGAGGCCCCUCCACACAUCUUCUCCAUCUCUGACAACGCCUAUCAGUUCAUGCUGACUGAUCGCGAGAACCAGUCGAUCCUGAUCACUGGAGAAUCCGGUGCCGGGAAGACUGUGAACACAAAGCGUGUCAUCCAGUACUUUGCAACAAUUGCAGCCAGUGGGGAGAAGAAGAAGGAAGACCAGCCUGGAAAAAUGCAGGUGAUGGUAAUUAUCAUCCUGCAGGGAACACUUGAGGAUCAAAUCAUCAGCGCCAACCCACUGCUGGAGGCCUUUGGAAAUGCCAAGACCGUGAGGAACGACAACUCCUCACGCUUUGGCAAAUUCAUCAGAAUCCACUUUGGAGCCACAGGCAAACUGGCUUCUGCUGACAUUGAAACCUAUCUGCUGGAGAAGUCCAGAGUCACUUUCCAGCUUAAGGCAGAAAGAAGCUACCACAUAUUUUACCAGAUCAUGUCCAACAAGAAGCCGGAGUUGAUUGACAUGCUCCUCAUUACCACGAACCCUUUUGACUUCCACUAUGUGAGUCAAGGUGAGGUCACUGUUCCCAGCAUUGAUGACCAGGAGGAGCUCAUGGCUACAGAUAGUGCCAUUGACAUCCUGGGAUUCACUCCUGAUGAAAAGACGGCCAUCUACAAGCUGACAGGGGCUGUCAUGCACUACGGGAACCUGAAAUUCAAGCAGAAACAACGAGAGGAGCAGGCAGAGCCUGAUGGCACAGAAGUGGCUGACAAGGCUGCUUACCUGAUGGGCCUGAACUCAGCUGAGUUACUCAAAGCCCUGUGUUAUCCCCGAGUCAAAGUUGGGAAUGAAUAUGUCACCAAAGGUCAAAAUGUGGAACAGGUGAACAAUGCUGUUGGCGCCCUGGCAAAGGCUGUCUAUGAGAAGAUGUUCCUGUGGAUGGUUGUUCGCAUCAACCAACAGCUGGAUACCAAGCAGCCCAGACAGUACUUCAUUGGUGUCCUGGACAUUGCUGGCUUUGAGAUCUUUGAUUUCAACAGCUUUGAGCAGCUGUGCAUCAACUUCACCAAUGAGAAACUGCAACAGUUCUUCAACCACCACAUGUUCGUGCUGGAGCAGGAGGAGUACAAGAAGGAAGGAAUUGAAUGGGAGUUCAUUGAUUUUGGGAUGGACCUGGCUGCCUGCAUUGAGCUCAUUGAGAAGGUACCUUUCCAUACAAGUGUAUGA